UCGUACAGUCAACAACGGACCGUAUCAAAUAAUAAAUGUUAAAAAUCUUUCGUUUUCGCGGGGUUUUGUCCAAGUGUCAACCCGUGCGAUUCUACGGAGUACAAAUAAAUCAAAAUAUUGAUUUAAAAAAAGCGAUUGAAUCAAUGGCAUGCGUCAAACAACCAGGCCAACCACCCAAAGUUUGGCAAUUGCUUGAAAAAGUAGGCAAAGAUGGAAAACCAUUGAAAUUCACAAUUCAAGAGAUUCCUGAGGACAGAUACGAAGAAGCAAUUCAACACAUGUGCAAAAAUUUUGUGGCCGACGAACCGACCUGCGAAUGUUGGAAUUCCAAAAAUGAUCCUCUAUUUUUAAAAGAUAUAUCUACAUUAUGGACCAUAUUAUUCACACAAAACAUAUCGAUAGCCGCUUUCAUCGACAAUCCCGAUGGCGGGAAACCUAUAAUCGCCGGCAUGAAUGCUUUAGGUGUUUCGAUUAAAGACCAUAAAGACGGUAUCGCAGAAUACAAGUUCACGUCACCAAUCUGUAAAAAUACAUUCGAACUAAUAGGCGAUGCAACUAAAAUAGCAUAUGAACGUUACGGUGUAAACAAAUAUCUGAAUGCUAUUGGACUUAGUGUAGAACCCAGCUACCGAGGGUACGGAUUAGGCACAGAUCUGCUAAAAACCAGGGAUCAAAUCGCUCGUGAGUAUGACAUUCCGGCGACAUGCACGGUAUUCACAUCGCUAUUCUCACAAAAAUCGGCGGCGAAUGCGGGAUUCGAGCCGCUCGUAGAAAGAAAAUUCGCCGACAUAGUGGACAAGAACGGAAAGGAGCACUUCCCCGGUAUCAAAUCCGAAUCAUAUAUAGUCAUGGGGAAAAAGUUCUCUUAGUGUAAUCACGUGUAAAACACGCAAGAAUUAUACAAAGUAAAUCGUUUAAUUUUGUGACGUAAAAUCAUUUUUGUAAUUUUUAUUACGAACUGUUCGAUAUAUUCAUUGUAUUUGUUUGUUUGUAUUGUUUUGACGUGUAAUAUGAAUAACAAUGAGAAGGUCUUUUUCGA